CUCUCAGUCGAAAUUAGUUGUAAAGGCAAGCAGUUCGCUCACUAGUCGCAGAAACGCAAAUUGUAGAAACAAAACAAAUAGCAGCCGCGUCUAAGUGCAAGUGUGAUUUAUUUUUUUUAUUGUUUGGUGUUUAGUGUGCUCGUGAGCAGAUCAGUGUAUCAAACAAACAGCCAGAAAGUCGAGCGCUGGGCAAGCAGAAUAAGUCCAAUUGGAAUUGUCCGAACCGCAGUUUCACGGAGUCGAGUGUUCCGUGUUUCGUAUUCCGGGGCAUUUUCCCCGCCGAAAGCCCCGCUCAACCCCCAAGCAAGCAGCCGAAUUAGGGGUUGCAAAGUUUUUGCAGCUAGUACGGAAAAGUCAGAGGAACUUGUUUUCUAAAGGAAGAAAAGGGAAGCGCGCAAGCGACGACUGCCCCCAAAGUCCAAACGGAAUCGGAGUCUGAAUCGGAAUCGGAAGGGGACUCCGCCGAAUCCUUGAGAGAAUCCUUUGCGCGUGCCAUGCGUGACCUCGGCACCAAAAUGGCCGAGCUAAAAUUCGAGGCUCCAUUGGCAAAGUUCGAGGAGACGGACGAGUGGGGCGGCUGCGACUUCAUCUCGAGUCAGAAUGCCAUUAACGACACGCUCAACCUGAAUCUGAAGGACUCCUCCGCCGGCGGCAAGCCGGAUUCGACCAAGCUGCGGCUCCUGGAGGAUGCUGUACGCAAUGCGCACGUGAGCAAGAACGGAGGAGGAGUAGUGGGAGGAGGAGCUGGCUCCAUUAGCCCCAAUUGCAACACGCUCCACGGUGGGUCACUUAUUGAAAUCGGUUUGUCCGAUGUGGGAUUGGUGCCGGGCGAGGGAGCCGGCGUUGGUCUGGACGGUCUGGAGAAGCGCUCCCUGGCCGUCGGCGACCAUGUGGACAACUUCACGGAGACCUUCGGCGGGAGUCUGGAGGAUCUGGUCAACACGUUCGACGAAAAGAUAACCAAGUGCUUCGGUAACUACGAAGAGAACGUUGAGGAGCUGGCUCCGGUGCAGGUGCGCAGCCAGGAGGAGAUCAUGAACGAAUGCCAAAUGUGGUGGACCAUCACAGGAAACUUUGGCAACAUUCUGCCCAUCGACUGGUCCAAGUCGUACACCCGUCAGAUGCACAUGCCCACACUGAAUCUGGGCCAGAACCACACGAAGCAGCAGCAGCAGAAUCGCAACCAGCAGCAGCAGUUGCACAACCAGAGCCACCAGGCGUAUCCACACACCAACGGUGCGGGAUCCGGAUCCGGAUCCGGGCUGGAUGCCCAGACUCCGGGCGAUGAGUUCAACGAUCUGACCAGCGAGGACGAGGCGGUGGCCAACGACCUGGACAUGCACGCCCUCAUCCUUAACGGCUUGAACGGGGACAUGGACGACCAGCCGAUUAAGACGGUGGAGGAGGUGAUCAAGGAGAUCGACGACAUCAUGGACGAGGCCGAGAGCCCGCUGGACGAGCCGGAGACCAGCGAUUCGGAGGUGAUCGAGAAGGCGCGAGAGGUGCUGGGCGCCCCCCUCUAUGCGGAAAAACUACAAUAUCUGACCACGACACAGCUGAACGAGCUGUACAUGGAGAUGGAGGUGCUGAUCCAGGAGCUGAGCGAGACGUUGAUCAACGAGCUGGCCCUGCGCGACGAGCUGGAGUUCGAGAAGGAGCUGAAGAACUCGUUCAUCUCUCUGCUCCUGGCAGUUCAGAACAAAAGGAGGCAGUACCAUGUGGAGAAGAAGCGCGGCAAGUUCCAGGGUCCCGAGCCCAAGUACUUGACCACAGUCAUUCCGUAUCACCUGGAGAACGGCACGCCCAACAACCAAUCCCUGCAGGUCCUGAUCAAGAUUCUCAAGGCCAUCAACGAGGACAGCCCGACGGUUCCGGCCCUCCUCACGGACUACAUCCUGAAGGUGCUCUGCCCUACAUAAGCGCCGCAAGCGGUAGUCGCCGAGGAGCAGGAACCCCAGCUGUCGCUCUAUCUCUCUGUCUGUGUUUAUACAAUUAUACAACACACCACACAUAAUUUAAUGAUUAGUUCGUACUUUAAAUUAUUGUUUGAAUGCAAUCCGUGUACUCUCCGCGGAGAAGAAGAUUUCCACAUGAAGAGAGGACCCUAGUGAUUGGAUAACAACACCUUCGUCUGUCGAAUAUGAAGCACCCAAAGUGGGGUCUUCUUCUCAACGGAGUCCUUUUCCCGGCCGAUUCGACCGACAGAACGAAAUAUGCAACAAAACAAAACAUACAUGUAAUACACUUACAUAUAUAGACACAUAUAUAUAUAACGGAAUAUUUACGGAGAGCGCGCUCUAGGAACUCAGCCAGUCCUCCCAUGGCAAUAAUACUCAAUUCUCUCCGCCGCCUCUCUUUCUCUUUAAGGAGCAUUCGAAUUGUUAAAGAGCCGACUCCAACUAAGCUUAAUAUACAUACAUAUAUGGUAAAUGCAUCUGGGCCAGUUGCAAGUCCGCCUGCCGGUGCAGCUUCAAUUUUUCGUCUAUAUGUGAAAUAUGCAGAUCUAAAUAGACACACGCUUGCAUUAUGUUCGCCCAGCUUUCCGCGAUCGAACGGGCAGCCAAUCACUAGGUUUUACAA